GCCAUGGAGGAGCGAGGCACCGCCAGGGGCACCGGCACCGGUACCAGCAUCUCCAGGAGCGCCGGGAUCGGGACCGGCACCGGCAGGGGCUCGGGGCACUGGGCGCUGCUGGCCGCGCUCUGCCUGGCGCUGCCCCUGCCCGCCCCGGCGCUGCCGUCGCCGCCCGCCCCCAGCCUGGUCCCGGAGCUCAGCCGCUCCCGGGCGCUGCUGGACGCGGCCAGAGCCUCGCUGCUCAGCCUCAAGGAACAUGGGACACUGGGAUUUGACUGUACCCUGGAGGAGGUUGACCUCAAAGACAUCACUAAGGAUCAAAUCAACACGCUAAAAGCUUGCACAUCCGAGGAUCCAAGGACUGGAAACUGUCCAGUGCUGGAAAGUUCUACUUUUGAUAAGCGUAAAUGCCUGCAGGGGAUCUAUGAAGAUCUGAAAGCCUACAGGGCAGAGCUCAGUGAUCAGAAGGUGCUGACGUCCAUUGACGAGAUGAUGAAAGCCCUGCAGCCGGGCAGCCUGGGCACGCUGCAGCCUCCACCACCCAGCGCGGCGCUGACCUCCUUCAAGGACCGCAUGAGGCUCUGCGGCGUCCUGCACGCCUUCCGCAUCCGCGCCGUCACCAUUGACAGGAUGAUGAACUACCUGAGCGCCCUGUGA